AUGGAUAAAAUAAUAAUUUUUAAUAAUUUAAAAGAUUUGUAUUUCCUUAAAAAUAAAGAACAUUUAACCCAUAUUAGAGUUGAAAGUGAUGAAAAUGAUGGCUCUUUUGAUUAUGCAAAAUUCAAAUUUCCAAUUUCAACAAAAAAAUUAAUAUUAGGAAGAAAUUUUAAUAAUGAAAUACUCCCUGGUCAAUUACCAAGUGGUAUAGAAAAGCUAAUUAUAGGUACAAGAUAUUGCUAUAAUUUUAGUAAGGGGGUUCUCCCAAAUACUUUAAAAACUAUCAAAAUCUAUAGAUGGAAUCAAGAAAUUAAUGAAUUUACUUUCCCAGUUGGUAUUAGAAAAAUUAAAAUUGAAUAUGAUUUUGAUAAUGGAGGAAAUGAAAUUAAACAUGGAGUAUUACCAAACACCUUGGUUCUAAUAAAACUUGGUGAGUUUUUUAACCAGACAUUGAAAUUCGGUCAAUUACCUUUGUCAAUUGAAUCACUCAACUUUGGAAAACAUUUUGAUAAUGGAGGCAAACCAUUAGAAAAUGGAGCAAUACCAAUAAAUUGUAAAAAAUUAGUAUUUGGUCAAAAGUUUAAUAAUGGUAAAAAACCAUUAAAAAAAAAUGAUUUACCAAUAGGUCUUACAUCAUUAAUAUUUGGAGACUUGUUUAAUCAAAAACUUUCAAAAGACUCUCUUCCGCCAACUUUAAAAUUUAUAAAAUUUGGUCAUUCUUUUAACAAUGGUAAUAAUUAUUCAAUGAAAGAUUGCAUUCCAUUGGGUGUACAAGAAAUUAGGUAUGAUUAUAGAAAAGAUUCUAAAUUUGAUAAAAAUUUAAAAGAACAUUGCCCAUCAUCAUGCAAUCUUAUUAAAACCUAUCCGACUAAUCUAGAUGAAGAAGAAAAAAUUGAUUGUUUUUCAGUAUUUGUAUUGACAAUAUUCUACUUGACAUGUGUGCCAAUAUACACAUUUUUCCAAUUUUUAAAAAGAAUUUUUACAAAUAGAAACCAAAAUAAUUAA